AUGAAACUAUUUCUUCUUGCUCUAGUCGCGAUUCUAUCAAUAGAGAAUGCUUUUAGCUUACUCUCACCUAAACAAUGCACACGGGGCAUCAUCAACCCAAAACAUACGGCGUGUUGUCAACCAACGCUACUGCUAGCCACAGAAGGUGGAGACGACGACUCGUCAUCAGUGUUGGAAGGAAAAAUCAUAUAUCAACGCACCUUCUAUCGACUGACUCCUGGAUCUCAAGUAUCAAUCCCCAAUGCACUCGUGUUGGAAGAGCGCCUUCGCUUUCAAUUAGAUCCCGAAAGUACUAAAUCUGGGUACAUUCAACCAAUUCAAGGCCGUACGUUCAUUUUUCGAAAGGGGACCAGCAAGGAUGAAAUCACGCCUCCAUUAUACAGAUUUGACGUUGGAUCUGAAGAUGGCAAGCCACACAAUGGCCCUGGGACUAUGGAUGCGAGCAUUGCGACUGCCCUGUGGAUAGCAUCGAAUCCUCAAUUGAUUCAAGGGGACAUGUUGCAAUUAGGCUGCGAUUCUGCUGUGUCCUCUGUAUUGGGAUGCAUUGGAGCUAAAUUGGUUCUUGGAGAAGAACUUGGUGGAGAUAACGAUUGGUCUGCCGAGCUAUUGACAGUACCUGAACAUCACAUCCCCCUCCCUGAGAAGCUUUCCCACUUGACCCUCACAGAUGAAAGCGAAGAAGCCUUGAAAGAAGCGUUAGCCAUUGCCAAGAAUUUCGACUCCAAGCAAGUUACCCUCAAGGAUCUCCGUUGGAGCACUCGUCUACCGGCUGGAAGACAAGUCGACCGUGCCUAUCGAACCAUCCUUGGCAGUGAUUUGGACUUUUCCUAUCCAAGUUCCAAAGAAUUGGCUCGGACUGUGGCCAACUAUCUAUUGCCAUCCAAUGAAAUAGCUCUUGCCUCUACCAAGGAAGGUGUUGCUGGUGCAUCAUCGUCCUUUGGUGGCUUGGGAAUGGACAUGGGAGAUUCUUCUUCCUCCUCCACCACUACGACCAAGAAGGAACUGGACCCCAAGAUUCCGCCUACCUUUGUUCACGUUGCACCGGAUACCAAUGAAGACUUGCGAUAUCUCAAGCAAUUCUUGGAAAAGGGGUUCAAAAUGGCUGUCGAAUCUGGUUAUGUCAGCCUCGAACGACUUGCGUUUACCUUUCAGACGCUGGAACAAGGCGUCGACGAGGCAGAACUCGAAGAACUAGACACUCUGGAACUCAAAGAUGAUUUGACAAAAGGAUUCCAGUUUGUACAAGCAGUGCACCAUCCUGACUACUCUGGUCAGGGUACAGGAGAAUACUUCUUCCCACUCGAGACUGGCGAAUACGAAGGUGGCAGUCGGAGCACUUGGUUGGAACCUGAAGAAGGUGGAAGUCCAUGGUAG